AUGGACGAGGACGUGCUGACCACCCUUAAGAUCCUCAUAAUCGGCGAGAGCGGGGUGGGCAAGUCCAGCCUGCUCUUGAGGUUCACAGAUGAUACUUUUGAUCCAGAACUUGUAGUAACAAUAGGUGUUGACUUUAAGGUAAAAACAAUUUCAGUGGAUGGAAACAAGGUUAAAUUUGCAAUAUGGGAUACUGCUGGUCAGGAGAGGUUCGGAACAUUAACUCCCAGUUAUUACAGAGAUGCACAAGAUGUUAUAUUAGUUUACGAUGUCACAAGAAGAGACACCUUUGUUAAACUUGAUAAUUGGUUAAAUGAAUUGGAAACAUACUGCACGAAAAAUGACAUAGUAAACAUGUUAGUUGGAAAUAAAAUUGAUAAGGACAACCAUGAAGCUGAUAGAAAUGAAGGCCUGAAAUUUGCACAGAAGCAUUCCAUGUUAUUUACUGAAGCAAGUGCAAAAACCUGUGAUGGUGCACAAUGUGCCUUUGAGGAACUAGUUGAAAAGAUCAUUCAGACUCCUGAACUGUGGGAAAGCGAGAACCAGAAUGAAGGAGUAAAACUGUCACACAGAGAUGAGGGCCAUGGAGGAGGCACGUGUGGUGGUUACUGUUCUGUGUUAUAA